UUCCAGAAAAAGGGAAACCUCAGAGACGAGUAACAGAACAAAAAAGGGGGGGAAGAAAGAUUCGAGAAAGCUUUCCAAUUCCAUCUAGGGUUCCGUUCGUGUUCUCCAAUGGCCGAUGUUGCCGGCGAUCCUACCGAAUCCGUCGACCGUCAACCUCCGGAGAAGUCCACCUCUUCUCCGCCGCCUUCUCCUCCGGCGUCUUCUUCUCAGCCGUCGUCGCAGCAGGACCAGCAGCCGGCUCGCCUCCGCGAGAGAGAUUCUCACGAACGGCAUAACGACAGGGACAUCGACCGCCCACCGCCGAAUCGCCAUGGCGUCGGAGAUUACUACGAGCGUGACAGGGACCGUGAGCGUUCGCCGCUUCCGCCGCCGCGGAGGGAGUAUAAGAGGCGGCCGAGCUUGAGUCCGCCGCCUUACCGAGACCGACGGUACUCACCUCCUCCGCGCCGGUCUCCGCCUUAUAAGCGCAGGAGGGACGAUAACGGGCAUGAUGGUCGCCGGGGUAGUCCUCGCGGUGGCUAUGGGCCGCCGGACAGAAGGUUUGGAUAUGACUAUGGAGGAGGAUACAACCGUGAAAUGGGUGGGAGGCCGGGCUACCCCGAUGAUAGGCCCCAUGGCCGAUAUAUGGGUCGCUAUCAAGACUGGAAUGGAGGCCCUGGAGGUUACGGUGAUGCUUCUAACAGUGGAAGUGCAAGGGAAGGCUUAAUGUCAUACAAACAGUUUAUUCAGGAGUUGGAAGAUGAUGUGCUGCCAUCCGAGGCCGAACACAGAUAUCAAGAAUAUAAGUCUGAGUUUAUCACAACUCAAAAACGUGUCUUCUUUGAUGCUCACAAAGAAGAAGAAUGGUUGAAAGACAAAUAUCAUCCGACAAAUCUGCUCUCUGUUAUCGAAAGGAGGAAUGAACUUGCACGGAAGGUGGCGAAGGAUUUCUUACUUGAUUUGCAAAGUGGGAAGCUUGACUUAGGUCCUGGAGUGACAGCAUUGAAUAAAUCUGGGCAGACAAGUGAACCAAACUCGGAGGAUGAGGCAGAUGGUGGCAGUAAAAGGAGAAGACAUGCUAGAGGACCUGCUAAAGAAACUGAUCUUCUUUCAGCCGCGCCCAAAGCUCACUCUGUCAGUUCUGAUCAAAGAAGAGUCCUAGUUGACAUUGAACAAGCACAAGUGCUUGUGCGCAAGUUAGAUUCUGAAAAAGGAAUAGUGGAAAAUGUUUUAUCUGGCUCAGAUAAUGAGAAAUCGGGUAGAGAUAAGUUACACAGUGGCUCCAGUGGUCCAGUUAUAAUCAUAAGGGGGUUAACCUCUGUGAAAGGACUUGAGGGUGUAGAAUUGCUUGAUACUCUUGUAACUUAUCUUUGGCGUGUUCAUGGUGUGGAUUAUUAUGGAAUGAAUGAAACGAAUGAAGCUAAGGGUUUGAGGCACGUGAGAGCAGAAGGAAAAGGUUCUGAUGUAAACGGGGAUGAGUGGGAAAAGAAACUCGACUCACAUUGGCAGGAGAGGCUGAAAGGUCAAGAUCCUAUGGAAGUUAUGGCUGCCAAAGAGAAAAUAGAUGCUGCUGCUGUUGAAGUUUUAGAUCCAUAUGUUCGAAAGAUCAGGGAUGAGAAGUAUGGUUGGAAAUAUGGUUGUGGAGCCAAGGGCUGCACGAAGCUGUUUCAUGCAGCUGACUUUGUGCAUAAACAUCUCAAACUGAAACACCCUGAACUUGUGAUGGAGCUGACUGCCAAAGUGCGGGAUGAGUUGUAUUUCCAGAAUUAUAUGAAUGAUCCCAAUGCUCCGGGUGGACAACCCGUGAUGCAGCAACAGAGGGACAGACCUUUUAGACGCAAACCGGGUAUAGAAAGCAGACUGAGGGAUGACCGGGGACGCAGAGAGCGGGAAGGGCAGGCAAAUGGUAACGACAGAUUUGAUCAAUCAGACAAUCAUCGGCCGGAUGAUGGUGAUGCUCCUGAUGGAGGAAAUCCCGAUGAAGCUGGAUAUGAUGCUUUUGGCGGACCCUUCUCCUCUGACAUUCCUCCACCACCAGUACUGAUGCCUGUUCCUGGUGCUGGCCCCCUUGGGCCAUUUGUCCCCGCACCACCAGAAGUUGCAAUGCAGAUGUUCAGAGACCAAAGUGGCCCUCCUCCCCCACUUGAAGGUAGCGGUAGAGGUGGAAGAUCUGGACCUCCAGUGGGUGGACCGGCCCCUUUUCUUUUGCAACCAUCGUUCAGACAGGACCCUAGACGGUUACGCAGCUACCAAGAUCUAGAUGUGCCCGAGGAAGAGGUCACUGUUAUUGAUUACAGGACCUUGUAGAGAGAAGAGGUUCAGAAGCUAUCAUAAGUUAAUCUUGUCCGAGACGGGAAAUUAUACGAGCAUCUGCUACGGGGCACCGCCCAAAUAUCGGCAAAGGGAAAAUGAGAAUACAGGAAGACAGUGUAAGCUCCCUCCAAAAUGCCAUUUUGGUUCUCUUUCUGUUCUUAGUGUGUAUUCUCCCCUUAUGUUUUAGUGACGGAAAGAGGGUUUGUUUGCUGCAGCAGUGGGGGGAUAUUAGACUUUGGAGGAAUUUGUCUACACUGUAAAAUUGGGGGAUCUGUCUCUGUAAAGCUGCUUUUUUUGUCUUGAGCACAUGGAGAUUGAUUUCCAAUGUCGAUUUUGGUAUUGUAACUUAUACAUGCAUAUAACUAGAGAGACCCUAACAACCA